AGUAGAACAGGGUUAGAAGCUCUGUUCUUAGUUCACAGAGAGAUAAAACCCUAGCCGCAGCCAUAACCACUUACCAGUUCUAAAAAAUUAUAGCAUUUGGUUAUCUUGAUUGCUGGCUGGUUUUCUUAUUGAAGUUGUCCCUUCUGCAAGGCAUGUUUAGAGAAGGUGAAGAGCUGGCAGAAAUCAACCCAAAAUAGAAACCAUAAACCCUGUCUCUCUCUCUGUUGCUUGAAAAACAUGCCGUCAAUUCCUCAACCAGGUGAAGUUACCAUCUGUGAAAUCAAUCGAGACCUCAUUACUGCAGAUGAACUCUCUGAUGAUGCAGCUAAGGAAACCUAUGGCAAGGUUCUUGGAAUUAUAUUCAGUCCAGUUCCUUUUCAAUCAGAAAAUUUGUUGAGUACACUGAGCUCUGAACAAGGUGCCGAUCAGAGGAAGAGUGGCCUACUUUGGGCAGCAUUGCAGGCAGUUUCUACUGGUUUGCUGAGGCACUUUUUUCACCCCAUUGAUGUAAAAUUGUUACAAGAUGUUGAUUUCCAUGUUCUUGAUUGGCACCAGCACAAGCAUAUAUUAGCCUUUAUUUCCGGACAACAUCAGGUGAGAAUACGUGAUUAUGAAGAUUCUGAGGGAGGGAGUCCUUGCGUUUUGAUCAAUGACUCCCAAAAAGAUGUUAGAAGUCUUUCAUGGCGGCCAAAUGGUGGGAGGGCACUUGCUGUGGCCUGCAAGGGUGGCAUUUGCAUUUGGGCUGCUUCAUUUCCAGGCAAUACAGCUUCAGUGAGAUCAGGUGUCACAUUGGGUACUCUUUCUAGAGGCUCAGGAACUAAAUGGACCCUUGUAGACUUCCUUCUAAGUCCUGAACAAGAACAAAUUACUGCCCUUUCCUGGAGCCCAAACGGGAAGUAUUUGGCAUCAGCUUCAUUUGAGAGCUCUUCAUUCAUCAUUUGGGAUGUUGCUCAAGGAGUGGGAACACCUAUUCGACGUGGCUUAGGGGGCAUCUCCUUAUUGAGAUGGUCCCCAUCAGGAGAUUAUUUCUUCUCUGCAAAAUUUGAUGGGACAUUCUAUCUCUGGGAGACUAAUACAUGGACAUCAGAACCAUGGUCCUCAACUAAUGGUUUUGUCAUGGGAGCAGCUUGGGAUCCUGAUGGUAGUAGAAUACUCAUUGCUUUCUCUGAAUCUUCAACCUUGGGUUCCAUUCACUUUGCAACCAGGCCACCGUCUCUAGAUGCACAUCUUAUACCUGUUGAGUUGUCAGAUAUACAGUCCUUGACAGGAAGUCGAGGAAUAGAUAAGAUAGCAUGGGAUGCUUCAGGAGAGCGUCUAGCCUUGUCUUAUAGAGAUGGGAAUGACUUGUACAGAGGUCUUAUAGCAAUAUACGAUGUUAGAAGAAGUCCACUGAUUUCAGCAUCUUUGGUUGGGUUCAUUAGGGGUCCUGGAAAUGACACCAAGCCAAUAGCCUUUUCAUUUCAUGACAAGUUUAAGCAGGGACCAUUGCUUUCUGUGUGUUGGAGCAGUGGAUAUUGCUGCACCUAUCCCCUCAUAUUUCGCUCAAAUGUUCUUCCAUAAUCAAGGUAUAUUGGAAGUUUUACAAUCAACUAUUAUCCAAGAUUUUGAAUUGGUAGAUUGAAGAAACUGAUUUCCUAAUUCUAGAUGCAUCAUUUUCAACUAAUUUGGAAACUGUAGGGCAGUGCAUUUGGCAACUAAAUCUUGUUGUAACCAAAUAGAAGUUUGGGUUUAUGUUUACUGUUUAUGUUUCCAAUGGAGAAGUUCCUACCUAUGUUUGGAGGGUUUAAUAUUACAGUUGGAAGUAAACAAAAGAAGCUCUGAUGAUGAAGUUGUCAAGAUGUUUAUAUCGUUCCAAUUUCUGAUGCUUUUGGUCAUAGACCAGAGCUAUAUGUGGAACUGAAGGGACAACUGAGGAGCUUGUUUGUGUUACGCUCAUUCAUACACUAAAAAGGAGUUUGUUUAUGGACA